AUGGCCAUGGGCAUCCAGCAACAGAACCACCAGGGAGAACCGCCCAUGUUCCCUGGUGACUUUGUCGAGUAUAACGGCCAGUACGAUACAAACGACCGACAGCCGCGCGAGGGCGGUCGAAACGGCCGUUAUCGACGAGUCCGUUCCCCUUCGCUUGACGACGACUCCCGCUUCACUGCCGGCGCACCUAGUGAGCCGACCUCAGAAGGUGUCCUGCACGAUGCCGUACUUGCGCAGGCGCCCCAUCAACAGCAAAAAGUUGUGCCAACAGCUCAAAGCGGUCGUGGGCAGCCUCGCGCAGCAGGACCAAGAAGCGGACCGCCCUCCAUGGCCAACGCAUCUCAGAACCGCAGGUCUUACCCCCAGCCACCUCCAGUCAAUUCCCAACUGCCGCCGUACGCCUCAGGCCCCGAGGAUGACUGGUCCCCUGUGUCCCGCGGCCCGGCCGCCGCUGCCGCCGCGGUAGCAGCAGCGACAGGCGGAGGCUACUCUCGCAGACGCACAGAACGCCACGCCCGCCGCCAGUCAUCCACCUCUGGCGGUCCGCCCCCGGGUGCUUCGGAUCCUCAGUUAGGCGGCGGCGCAUCCCCGCGCACUGCCGGACCUCCCGGCGAGACCCUGAACCAGAACUCGCCGCGCGUCCCCUCGCAGCAGCACCAGCAGGUCCCCAACCCGGCCGGUCUCCGUCCUCCGUCCCCUCCCAUGGGCAACCUCGGCAGCCUAGGCGACGACAUUAGCCGCCUCCAGAGCCCCAGCAUCUCCAAGAGUGUCCUCGAGCCCCUUCAGCGCAAGAUGCUUCAGUACCACAACCUGAUGGAAGAAGCGCAGGGCCAGAUGACACAGCUCGACGACGAACUGCGCGCCCUCCAGGAGCGCCGUAGACAGGCCGAGCAGCGCUUCAUCGACGCCAAGGGCAAGCACGACGAGUAUGAGCGCCAGCACCUGGACGUCGAGCGUGCUCUGCGCGGCGACUAUGGCCCCACUCACCACCAGCAGCUGCCUCCCCUGCAGCCGCCGCCCCCUCAGCAACAGCAGCAGCAGAUGUACAGCAACAGCCCGCCGAGGACGGUGGGGCGGCCGGCUUCGAGCAUCAUGAGUUACGACGACAGGCCGAUGAGCGGGAGGAGCUCGAUCCAGGGCAAGAAGAGCAAGUUUCGGAUUAGCUUGUUUGGGAGGUAG